AUGGACCCUUUUGAGGUUCGAGUCCGCUUUACAGCGUUUCUGGGAAGUCUGAAUGCCAGUGUCACGAGUGCACAGAAGACUGCCCAGUAUGCUAUCAAGUACAGGGACAUGGAUGAGGAUUUGCACAAUUGCAUUAUUGAGCAACUGGAGCGUAGCGGAAAUUCCAUGAACAAUCGUGCCAAUAUCAUGUACUUCCUCGAGCAUCUCUGUGAAAUGGCUGCUCGAGAAAACCACUACGACUAUAUUCGCAUGAUCCAACGAGAUAUCAUGCGUAUUGUCGAUGCUGUUGCUCCAGAUGAUGGUUCAGGUGCUGCCAAUGUGAAGGUCGUCCGAAAGGUUCUCCAAGCACUGCAAGUAAAGACCUUCCUCCUUGCCCAAACAGUCACCGAGAUCGACGAAGUCCUCAAGGAACGCGAUACGGCUCCAGAUGCCAUCGGUCUCUCCUCUCCUAUUGGACCUCCUGACAACCAAACUCCGAAGAAGCCUUCGAUUUCUCAACGUCCAGACAAGAAGCAAAUCGAGCAAAGAAUUGAGGAAGAUCGUGAACGCCACAAGAGAGCUAGAGAGAACGUCUGGGCUACCCCUAAGCCAGGAACUGUUGGACCAGGAGGCAAUUUCGACGAUGAAUUCGAGAAACUGUGGGAUGAGACGAGUGAUGCUGGAGAGGAUGAUUUUGAGCUUUACAAGGAAGAGGCGGAGGAGAGACAUCGAUGUGCGAAGCAAUGGAAGGAGGAUUUCAAGAAGAUGCAUUCAAGUCAUGAAUAG